GCGCGGGAGUGCAGCGCGACUUGGGAGCGAGGGGGCGGAAGCGGCGGCGGCGGCGGGAGAGCUCCGCUCCUGGGCGCCGCGAGCGGCCGGGUCUUCUUUCUUCCCUUCUCCAGAGCCCUCCCGCCUUCGAGUCGAGUGCGCGCGGCUGCUCGCCGACCUCUCGGAGUGGGUUAUAGGAAUCUGGUUCUCAGAGGUAACUGGUUCUGUACCUAUAACCCAAAGGAGGAAAUUGCUGCCUGAACUCAUAGGCCAUAUCAGGUGGUACUCAGGGAUUACUCCUUGCUCUGCACUCAAGGAUUACUCAUGGCAGUCAACAUGUCCUUGAAGGUCCAGACAAGCAAUGUCACCAAUAAGAAUGACCCCAAGUCCAUCAACUCUCGGGUCUUCAUUGGAAAUCUCAACACAGCAGUGGCGACGAAGGCAGAUGUGGAGACCAUCUUCGCCAAGUAUGGCCGUGUGGCCGGCUGUUCUGUGCACAAAGGCUAUGCCUUUGUCCAGUAUGCUAAUGAGCGCCAUGCCCGGGCUGCUGUGCUGGGAGAGAAUGGGCGAGUGCUGGCUGGGCAGACCUUGGACAUCAACAUGGCUGGAGAGCCCAAGCCCAACAGACCUAAGGCGCUAAAGAGAGCAGCUUCUGCCAUCUACAGUGGCUACAGCUUUGACUAUGAUCACUACCUGGAAGACUUCUACAACAGGCUUUUCGACUAUCCUGGCCGCCUGUCGCCUGUGCCAGUUCCCAGGGCAGUUCCUGUGAAGCGACCCCGGGUCACCGUCCCCUUGGUUCGACGUGUCAAAACUACCAUACCUGUCAAGCUGUUUGCUCACCCUCCUACUAUCACCACCACCACCACCACCACCAGCACACCAAAGAUCAAGUUAAAGAGCAGUGAGCUGAAGGCCAUCAAGACAGAGCUGACACAGAUUAAGUCCAACAUUGAUUCCCUGCUGGGUCGUGUGGAGCAGAUGGCCUUGGCACAGAAGGCGGCCAACCAAGAUGGCAAGAAGAAGGGUGACAGCGGCAACAACAGUGGUGGCGGCGGCAAUAGCAAUGCUGGUGACAGUGGGAGUGGAGGUGUUGAUGGGAAUGGCACCACCCAGCCACCAGCUUCCACAGAGACUCCCACAGCUCCAUCUGAGACUUGCAUGCCUCCGGCAGAAGCACAGGCUCGAGAUGAGGGUGAUGAGGAGGGGAUACUGAGGCACAGUGAUGACGAAAUGGAACACAGCCAGGAAACAGAUGCAGAGGUUCGGGCUUUGCAGUAAGCAGCCUAACUGAAGUGACGGCCACUGACAGGAGGAAGGUGUGCACUGCCCCAGGCCUCAGGCUGGGCACUUAUCCUGGACAGCACGCUCAGGGGGUCCCAGAGGAGAGCUGGCAGCAGACGCCUCCUAUCUUUCACCUCCCAGCCAGUGCCACAUCUUCUGCAGGUGGCUUUCUCAACUCCCAUCCCACAGCCUCCCUACUGGCACUGCCAUGCUCUGCCUCCCUCCCCAGGACACUCUCAGUACUGGUUUUUUUCUAUAGGUUUGGAUAAGGGAGACAAUAAAGUGAUUGGAUCUCAA